UCAAUGCUGCUGCUGCUGCUGCUUCUGCCCUUGCUCUUCAAGGGAAUUCUCUGCCCUGGGCCAAGCCCAGAGGCUGGCCACGUCCUAGGACCCCAUCAUCUAGCAGGACAAGAACCCCUCUCCUUUCGCAUGAUCCAGAUCUUCUCCUUUGCCAACCACAGCUGGGUGAACACCCAGGGCUCAGGCUGGCUGGGCGAAGUGCAGACUCAUCGCUGGGACAGUGUCUUGGGCACCAUCGUCUAUCAGUUGCCCUGGUCCCGGGGUAAUUUUAGCAAGGAGGAGUUGGAGAACAUCCAUGUGCUAUUGCAGCUGUACUUCAAUGGAUUUCCCCGGGAAGUGCAGGCGUAUUCCAGUCAGUUUCAGUUGGAAUGUGAGUUUGCUAUUCCAAGCUGGUUUUUGCCUGAGGGGCCCGACCAGGUGAAGAUGGUAUAUGGGUUGGGUUCUGACCUUCAUUCAACCUUCCUGACCUUGUUUUCU